AUGGCACAUUCCCGAACCUCACGAGAGUAUCCCAAUGGCCGAUCUUCACGAGAUCGAAGGUCAUCGCGAGAGUAUACGACCGAGAAGACCUCACGCACCGCUCCAGCGCACGACUCGAUGCGUCGACGGGAGAAACCCCGCGAGGCUCUUCCGCAAUACAACCACAAUGGACACACAGUAACAAAGGGCAUCCACCCAGAGGGCGAGAGCGGCAGGAGAGGCUUCAACCCGGUCAAAUUUCUUGUCAUCUGCGGUAGGAGCAGCAGCACGCUUUCGAUGAUGGUCAACCUGUUGUGGCCUGUGGUCCCUGUUGCCAUUGCACUGCACUUCGCACGCCCAGAGUGGCACCUCCCCAUCUUCAUUACCAACUACGUCGCCAUGAUACCCGCAGCCAACAUGCUAGGGUUCGCUGGGCAGGAGCUUUCGCGCAAGAUGCCCCAGAAGGCCUUUGCGGUUGUCCUUGAGACGACGUUUGGUUCUGUUGUCGAGAUCAUUCUGUUCAUGACGCUGCUCAAGACGUCUGUUGCAGACUCGAACGUCCAAGUCAUCAAAGCUGCCAUCUUAGGUUCGAUCCUGGCCAACAUACUGCUUUGUCUGGGAUCCUGCUUUGUGGCCGGUGGCAUCAAGCACGAUGUACAAGAGUUCCACUCGGCCGUGUCGGAGAACGGCAGUGGCUUGAUGAUUGUCGCCUCCAUGGCUCUGGUCCUUCCCGCCGUCUUUUACAAAUACCUCAAGAAUAACCCGGACUAUAUUGCCGACACCGCUCUGAUCAAAUACAACACCAUCAAAAUCUCACGCGGUGUGGCCAUCAUCUCAAUCGUUGGCUAUCUCAUCUACGUGGCGUACCAGACCAUUUCCCACGAUGGCUUGUUCCAUGAGAUCUACGAAGCCGAUGAUCACAAGGACAAGGACCGCCACGAGGAACUUGCGAAGCCGAAGCUCACUCUGACUGAAGUCAUUGUGGCCCUGAUCAUAUCUUUGGCUUGCGUCUCCUUGAUCGCCAUCUUUCUCGUGCUCGAGAUUCCGCAUAUUGUCGAACGGGGUGUCAGCGAUGCCUUUAUUGGUCUCAUCCUGAUUCCUCUCGUCGAGAAACUCGCCGAACAUCUCCUCGCCAUUGACGAAGCCUACGACAACCAGAUCAACAUGGCGCUCGCCCAUGUUCUGGGUGCGUCGAUUCAAACUGCCAUGCUCAACGCUCCCCUUGUCGUACUUGUCGGCUGGGGUCUCGGCAUCGGUAUGGACUAUAACUUCGCCAUGUUCGAUGCCGUUGCACUUGUCCUUGCCGUCCUUGCGGUGGGCUCCUUCUUGCGCGAUAAGAAGUCCAACUACCUCGAAGGCGUGCUGUGCAUCAUGACGUACAUCAUCAUUGCCAUUUGUGCCUUCUACUUCCCGAUACCUGCGAGUCACGGCGCAGCUAAAGGUGCGGGGGGUGGUCAUUGA